CUUGGCACACGACCACCGGUUUUCUUCAAUGUGAUUUAUCGAUCUAUAUAUAUAUAUACAUAUAUAUCUAUAUCUAUCUCUUUCUCUUUCUCCAUCUUUAAUACGUUUUCAUCAUUCGUACGAGACAAGAUCGAUUUAAUAAUAAUUUUCGAUCAUUGAGAUCAUUGAACGUCCUUUUUGAAUUACUUUACGUGAUUUACCUACGUUAAAAUUAAUUCCGAAAAAAAUUUCCAAAUAAUCAAAGUGAUCGUGAGAGAUCGUGAAAAAAAGGAUAGAUAGAUAAUAUUGUGUCGGUGCGUAAGGGUGCGAGAGUGACAUCUGUUUGACGUCGCGAGGGACACUUAUGAAGGGGUUUGACUCCGUACCGAAACUCAGUGUCGAUCAGAUUAAAUAUAUUUGGGACAUCGAUUGGAAGCAGUAGCCGUGCCAAGAGUUGUUAACUGAGAAUGCGCAAUGACACAGCGAAUUUAUCAGUGGUCCACGAGUCCAAGGGAGGCACCGCAGACUAUCCAAAUGGAGCCCCCAAAAUCUCACCGCCCAGAAAAAAUCCUCUCGAGGUACACACAACGAGACACGGAGAAGGAUAAAACGGAAACCGAGUACAUGCUACAACAGAAUGGCGAACCAAUUGAAUUCGUGCCACCUCAGACGAAGGAGGAGGAAAAACCAAUUCAGCAGACACCGACGUUACCACCGGUGCCUUACUAUAGACUCUUCCGAUUUGCUACUAUCGGCGAGUUGAUGUUAAUCUUCGGAGGCCUGAUCAUGGGAACAUUGACGGGUCUCUGUAUCCCGAUUUCUACAAUACAAUACGGUGAAUUCACAACUUUAUUGGUCGACCGUAAUAUGGCGAAUCAAACGAGUACUCCGACGCUUAUAUUGUAUUGGUUCGGAGGAGGAAAGGUCUUAGGACCGAACGCAACUGAGGAGGAGAAAAUGGACGCUCUCUACGACGACUCAGUAGCAUUUGGCGUGUCCUGUGCAGCUUUGUCGUCGCUACAAUUCAUCUUUGCCAUCUUCACUGUCGACUUAUUAAACGUAGCCGCGUUCAGACAGAUCGCUAGAGUACGCAAGAUGUUUCUGCGUGCUGUUCUUAGACAGGACAUGAGUUGGUACGACACUAACACAUCCACAAAUUUUGCAAGCAGAAUUACCGAAGAUUUGGACAAAAUGAAGGAUGGAAUAGGCGAGAAACUCGGUAUCUUUACGUAUUUGAUGGUCUCCUUUAUAUCAUCAAUCAUUAUAUCCUUCAUAUACGGUUGGAAAUUGACAUUGGUUGUGCUUAGCUGCGCGCCAAUUAUCGUCAUAGCCACUGCUGUGGUAGCCAAGGUUCAAAGCUCCUUAACAGCCCUCGAGUUGGCUGCGUAUGGACAAGCUGGAAGCGUCGCUGAAGAGGUCCUUGGUGCCAUCAGGACGGUCAUAGCCUUCAAUGGCGAGCAAAAGGAGGUCGACAGAUACGCGGAGAAGCUUUUGCCCGCAGAAAAAACAGGCAUCAAGAGAGGAAUGUGGUCUGGCGUUGGAGGUGGUGUCAUGUGGUUUAUCAUUUAUCUCAGCUAUGCCCUCGCUUUUUGGUAUGGAGUCCAACUAAUUUUGGAGGAUCGUCCGAAGGAAUACAAAGAAUAUACACCGGCCGUCUUGGUGAUAGUAUUUUUUGGUGUGUUGGCUGGUGCACAAAACAUGGGUCUCACUUCACCACAUUUAGAAGCCUUUGCAGUGGCCAGAGGAUCAGCUGCUGCGGUAUUUCAAGUACUCGACCGUGUACCAUCCAUCGAUAGUCUUAGCAAGGAGGGUCAGAAAUUAAAAUCGGUUAGCGGUGAUAUAGAAUUCAAAGACGUUCACUUUCGUUAUCCAGCGAGAAAGGAUAUCCAGGUGUUGCAAGGUUUAAAUUUGAAAAUAAAACAUGGAGAGACCGUCGCAUUGGUCGGUGGCUCUGGAUGCGGCAAAUCGACGUGUUUACAACUCAUUCAAAGACUUUACGAUCCAUUGCAAGGACAAGUAUAUUUAGAUGGCGUCGAUAUAUCGAAGUUAAACGUUCAAUGGUUGCGCUCGUAUAUCGGCGUUGUUGGUCAGGAACCAGUACUCUUUGACACGACAAUACGAGAGAACAUCCGUUACGGAAAUGACAGCGUUACCGAAGAAGAGAUGAUCAAAGCUGCCAAGGAAGCGAACGCUCACGACUUCAUCAGCAAACUGCCGGAGGGUUAUGAUAGUCCUGUAGGAGAGAGAGGUUCCCAACUAUCAGGUGGGCAAAAACAAAGGAUCGCGAUCGCACGUGCUUUGGUCAGACGACCAGCCAUACUUUUACUCGACGAGGCUACUUCCGCGUUGGAUCUUCACAGUGAAGCAACCGUUCAGAGAGCACUUGAUGCUGCUUCGAAAGGCAGAACGACCGUUAUCGUGACUCACAGACUCUCUACUAUCACUAACGCCGAUAGGAUCGUCUUUAUCAAGGAUGGCAAGGUUGUUGAAGAGGGUACACAUGAGGAGUUGCUGGCACUUGGCAAACAUUAUCACGGAUUGGUCGCAGCUGAUGCCAGUGCUGCUGCCAAAGCUAAGGCUACGGCAUCCGCAGCGAAAACGGUAACAGCAGCGAAACCUAAAACCCAGAAGGCUCCAUUGAAGAGACAAUUUUCGACCCUAUCUAUGCACUCCCAUCGGUUAUCACUAGCAGGUGGGUCCGAUGCCGGCUCGGAUGCUGGUUUGGAGGAGCACGAAAAACCGUACGAUGCACCGAUGAGUAGGAUACUAGGGUUGAACAAAACGGAAUGGCCUUUCAACUUUAUAGGAUGUUUAGCAGCUGGGACGGUAGGAGCAUCAUUUCCAGCAUUCGCAGUCUUAUUCGGUCAAGUUUAUUACGUAUUGGGUCUUCAAGAUGAAGACGAAGUUAGAAGAGAGACGGUGAACUUUUCGGUGCUUUUCAUCAUCGUCGGUGUGAUAACCGGUAUAGGAACCUUCCUACAAAUGUAUAUGUUUGGUCUAUCUGGGGUCAGGAUGACAACAAGGAUCAGAAAGAUGACUUUUGGAGCUAUGUUGAAACAAGAAAUGGGUUGGUACGACGAAGAACAGAACAGUGUCGGUGCGCUUUGCGCUAGAUUAUCUUCGGAUGCUGGAGCCGUUCAAGGGGCUACAGGAAGUCGAAUAGGUGCCAUACUCCAAGCACUUUCAACUUUGGUUCUUGGCAUUGGAUUGUCUAUGUAUUAUACCUGGAAGAUGACUUUGGUAUCGGUAGUUUCUAUUCCAUUAGUUCUUGGUGCUGUCUUUUUUGAGGCUAGGAUCAUGAGUGGACAGGGACUUCAAGAGAAGAAAAAAAUGGAAGCGGCUACGAGAAUAGCGAUAGAAGCGAUAUCGAACAUCAGAACGGUUGCGAGUUUGGGCAAGGAGACAGCCUUCUUCAAUCGAUAUUGCGUCGAACUCGAUCAUGUGGCGCAAGCUACCAGGACGAGAAACCGAUUGAGAGGAUUGGUCUUUUCUUGCGGUCAGACUACUCCCUAUUUUGGAUAUGCUCUAAGUCUCUACUACGGUGGUUACUUGGUGGCAAGAGAGGGUCUUAAUUAUCAAGAUGUCAUCAAAGUAUCGGAAGCACUUAUAUUCGGUUCCUGGAUGUUGGGACAGGCAUUGGCUUUCGCGCCGAAUUUUAACACGGCCAAAAUCUCUGCUGGAAGGAUCUUCAGGCUAUUGGAUAGGGUGCCAGAAAUUUCUUCACCACCGGGAUCAGAAGGAAAAGAUUUGGAUUGGAAGGCAGAAGGACUGAUACAAUUUUCAAAAGUGGAAUUCCAUUAUCCAACGCGCCCAGAGAUGCAGAUACUUCGUGGUUUGAAUUUAAUAGUGAAGCCAGGUCAGAUGGUUGCCUUAGUUGGUCAAAGUGGCUGUGGAAAGUCAACCUGUAUUCAACUACUGCAACGCUUGUACGAUCCAAUCUCCGGGACGAUUACUAUGGACCGUCGCGACAUCUCCUCGGUUUCACUGGCCUCACUUAGAUCUCAGCUUGGCGUUGUAGGUCAGGAACCCGUUCUCUUUGAUAGAACCAUAGCCGAGAAUAUCGCUUACGGCGACAAUUAUCGACGAGUUCCGAUGGACGAGAUCAUUGAAGCCUCCAAGAAGUCAAAUAUUCAUAGUUUCGUCAGUUCGUUGCCAUUGGGUUACGAUACGAGACUAGGAUCAAAGGGUACACAGCUUUCAGGAGGUCAGAAACAGCGCAUAGCUAUCGCGCGUGCUUUGGUAAGGAACCCACGAAUCUUGCUCUUGGAUGAGGCAACCUCAGCUCUCGACACUCAAAGCGAAAAGGUAGUACAAGCGGCCCUCGACAAAGCGAUGGAGGGUAGGACGUGUAUCACCAUAGCGCAUCGUCUUGCUACCGUAAGAAAUGCAGACGUGAUAUGUGUCCUUGAAAAGGGUACAGUCGCUGAGAUGGGUACUCACGACGAUCUAAUCGCUGCUGAUGGCCUUUACGCACAUCUACAUAAUCUACAAGAGACCGCCAUGGAAUAGAUAUUUUAGCGCGAGAUUUUAAACUUCCUUCCCAUUCUAUUGUCCCAUUAAUAAUCCCCAUUUGUUUUUUCUCUUUCAUAUAUACAUAUAUAUUUACAUAUAUACACUUAGGACGAAUGAAUAUUCUAAUUUCGAAGGUUUAGAUCGAAGGAGAGCUUCGUACAAGGACGAAUCGGAUUCGCGCGAAUUUGAAAAUAGAAAAAAAAAAAAAAAGAAA